UUCAUAUCAUACGGGAAAUUGAAACCUGUACACCGCCCAGCCCUAGUCUUUAUUAUAGUUUGGACAAUUUUGUACCAACAUUUGACGGCCGGAUUAAAAUGCCCAACGGGCCGCAUAUGGCCCGCGGGCCGUAGUUUGCCCAUGCCUGGUCUAGAGAGAGAGUUUAAUUGGGUGAAAGUGAACAAACAUUCACAAAAACUAAAAGUAUUGUGUUUGGCUCUAGGAAUAUUAUUUGUCAGGUGUUACAGUCCUUGGUCUUUUGUCAUCUGCAAAACUGUCCAUUCAUACAGUCAGCAGCUGCAAAGAAAGACAUAAAUAAACUACAACCGGUUCAAAACCGAGCUGCCAGAUGAGCACUCCAGUUCAGCUCAAUAAGAACAAAUAGAGCAUACAUGCACUCUCAUCUGUCAUGGUUCUCAGUUGAAAUUAAACUCCACUACAGACUUCUCAUGUUUUUGAGAAAUGUAGUAUUUAAUUAAUCAGACACCUGAAUAUUUCUUCAACCAAUUACAAAACACAUGCGACAGACAUAACCAUCACACAAGGAAUGCUAGCUCAGGUCAUUGGAUAUCUCCAACCCCAAGAACAAACCUCCUCAAAAGCAGUUAUCUACCGUUAUCUACCGAAGAUGAUGUCAUAGUGUUCAGGUUUGAGGAUGAUGUCAUGGUGUUCAGGUUUGAGGAUGAUGUCGUAGUGUUCAGGUUUGAUGAUGAUGUCGUGGUGUUCAGGUUUAAUGAUGUCGUGGUGUUCAGCUUUGAGGAUGAUGUCGUGGUGUUCAGGUUUAAUGACAAUGUCGUGGUGUUCAGGUUUAAUGACGAUGUCGUGGUGUUCAGGUUUAAUGACGAUGUCAUGGUGUUCAGGUUUAAUGAUGAUGUCGUGGUGUUCAGGUUUAAUGAUGAUGUCGCGGUGUUCAGGUUUAAUGACAAUGUCGUGGUGUUCAGGUUUGAGGACGAUGUCGUGGUGUUCAGGUUUAAUGACAAUGUCGUGGUGUUCAGGUUUAAUGACAAUGUCGUGKUGUUCAGGUUUAAUGAUGAUGUCGUAGUGUUCAGGUUUAAUGACAAUGUCGUAGUGUUCAGGUUUGAGGAUGUUGUCGUAGUUUUCAGGUUUAGUGAUGAUGUCGUAGUGUUCAGGUUUGAGGAUGAUGUCGUAGUGUUCAGGUUUGAGGAUGAUGUCGUAGUGUUCAGGUUUAAUGACGAUGUCGUAGUGUUUAGGUUUAAUGAUGAUGUCGUAGUGUUCAGGUUUAAUGACGAUGUCGUAGUGUUCAGGUUUAAUGACGAUGUCGUAGUGUUCAGGUUUGAGGAUGAUGUCGUAGUUUUCAGGUUUAGUGAUGAUGUCGUAGUGUUCAGGUUUGAGGAUGAUGUCGUAGUGUUUAGGUUUAAUGAUGAAGUUUAAGAAACCUGCAUUUUUAUUCCAAAUUUAUAUAUUUUAAGAAAAUGCCACAAGUAAAAUCAAAAGACUUGUAGCAGCCAAACAUCCUUCAAAAUAUGACGUUUUCUCUUGUAGAUAAUCAUAUUAAUAGAAUUUCAAGUGUCAUUUGUACCUAAUAAAAUAAAAACGUGUUCCGGUUCAUCCUCCUGCUUCAGUUUAUUUAUGUAUUGAUACAUGUGUUUUAACAUCAACGAGGGUCCACACGGUCAAAGUGCACAUCAACAUUUCUAACUGAUGGAAAACAAAAUGGAAACUUUGAGAAUGUUGGUUUAAAAACUGAACGGAGCAUAAAAGGCCGGUAAAAGUCACGGUUUAUGAUUCAAUUAUAUUUCUGUUGCGUUUAGUGAUGCGUAAUCUGAUAGAUGGCUAUUUAAAUCACAAAUAUUCAGUGUUCUGAACUUAUUGACCACAUACACAUUGAUUAAGGCUACUAGUCCGUCUGUGAGUUUACUUGUUUCACUGCAGCACAUUGUCACGAAUCAAUGAAUCAAUACCCUGUUGAUUUGUUCCCUUGGAGCCGCCAUCGAAGCUAUUUAGCUUCAGUAGAUCGUCAAUAGUCUGCUGUCAGUCAGCAGAGAGCUUUACAGAGUAGAACUCCAUGAUGCAUUCACUAUGAACACAUUGUGUUUAAAGCAUGUUAUUAAUAUUAUAAUAUUGGUAGACUCAGAUUCCAGUGGUGUCUGUAGGAUUGUUUCAAAUUGUGAUCCAAACAUUUCAAAAACUCCAGAGUUUUAAGACCAAAAGUUAACAUUUAUCAAAAAAAGAUGAACGUAAUCAUUUCUGAAAUUCACAUCAUGUUUUUAUCAAACAAAAUAUUCUGCUUCAAUCCAUAUUUGUUGGCGUUUAGCCUUUAAAAA